CUCUACCACACCUGUCGACACCAAACACAUCACACGGUUUACCAUGUUCGCCCGCACCCUCCGCCAAACCUCCCUCCGCCGUACGCCCUUCGCGACCGGCCAAACAUCCCGACUAGCAGCCUCGAGCAACUACACCACAACAUCCAUCCGCUCCGCCAAAAAGGGUGCCGAAGCCCGCGACUCCAUCUCCACCGAAUCAACCGAAUACUCCAAAUCCGGCGGCGACGGCGCCUCCUCCACAGUCGAGGAUGCAGCUUUCUCGCCCGACAAGACGAGACCGGAAGAGGAAUAUGACAGUGCGAAGAAAGAAGCAGGAGGGGAAUCGGAGAACCCAUUGAGCGUCAGUCCCGCGAAUCAGGAAAUCAGCAAACCGAAAGAGGGAAAACCGGAGCCAGUCGCGGGUUCGAAGAGUGAAGCGGGCAGUGGAGGAGAGAGGGCGAGGACGAGUGGUGGGAGUGGCGGUGGCAGCGGUGGAAACUCAUAAGAGGAGAGACGAGACGAUGUGUCGUGCAGGCAGGCAUGUAUCUGAAAGACAUGGACUGUAUAUCUGCAAGGUGGCGGCGACGUGUUUCUUCCGCAGAACAGCGACGUUUACUGACGAUGUAGUGGAUGUUUAUUCG